AUGCCCCGGGCUCUGCUCUUCCUCCUCCUCCUCCUCCUCCCGCCCCCGGGCCCCGUGCCCCCGGCUCUGGCUGCGGAUCCCGGUGCCGCGGCGCUGCUGGCGGAGCUGGCGCAGCAGAACCCGGCCCGGCCCUUGCGGGACCGCUCGUUCCCAUGCGGGGCCCUGCUCCCCGCAGCCCUGCCCGGCUUCCCCUCGCUCCCCUCGGGGCCGCGGGCUCUGGUCCGCGCCGCCAUGGCCCUGGCCCUCAGCGGCGCCUCCUGCAGCGCCGAGGCUGAAGCCGAGGUGCGGGGCUUGAUGCGGGAGCUGGGUCCGGCCGCGGCCGCUGCGCUGCUGCGGGGCCUGGCGCGGCUGCGGCGGGACCCGGCUCCCGAAGCCGCGGCUCGGGUCCUGCUCCUCCUGGCCCCCGCAUCCCGGAGCAUCGCGGAGCCGCGGGGCCGCGGGGCCGUGCGGAGGCAGCGCGGGGCUGCCGAUGCCUGCGCCCCGCCGGGGGAGCGGGAGGCCCAUGGGGUGCUGGGGUGGGUGCCGGGGGUCAGCGCCUUCUACAACCUGGGCACCAGCGUCUACUUCGCCUUCCAGGGCUGCGAGGCUCUGGCCUCCAGGCGGGCGCUGGAGGCGGCCGAGGACCUGGGCUACGCCAGCCUGGCCGCGAUCGCCGCUGCCGCCGGCGGCCCCGUGGCGCUGGGGGUGCAGAUGGGGCUGCAGCCGGGGCUCAAGGCGGGGGUGCGGGCGCUCAUCGCUUACUUCACGUCGGAGGGGGAGCCCCCGCCGGUGCCCAGCGCCCACAGCGGCCCCGUGCUCAUGGUGUGAAUAAAGGCCCCUGCU